AUGAAGUUAGCAACUAUUUUUUUAGCCGCUUCAACUCUUGCUUCAGUUGUCGUUGGCUCUACUAUUCCAGGUGCCCGUCAAAUUAAAAGACACAUUGAAAAUAGAGCUGGUAAUUACUUGGAUCAAACUUACGCUGAUUUAUCUGAUGUUGAAACUGAUUUCAUUAACGAUCAUAUCAAAAACUUAACCAAUUUCAAUGGUACCAAAUGUAAUGCUUGUAAAAACAAGAUUAAAUAUGGUCAAACCUUACUUAACGAAUACCCUGAUCAAUCUCAUUUAAUCAGUUUACUUUUAUUCAAAUACUGUGUGGUUUCAAAUAAUGGUACUGAAUCUAAAUGUGAUAACAAUGAUUUUUUCGUCACUACCAAUUCUAAAAAUUUUGAAAAAUUUACAGAUGAAUUUGAUUCUGGUGUUGGUACUAUUGGUAGUGUGAACUUUUAUGAUAAUGAUUUCUUACAUUUAUUAAAGAAUUUCAAUGUUUCAAGUGAUUUAGAUUUAACUUACUAUUGUUACUAUAAAGGAAGUGUUUGUGAUUUACCUGAAACUCCAGAUGUUAAUGAAUUAUAUGGCGUUGAUACUUGGUAUCCUGCUAAAUUACCUCAAUAUAAUUCUGAACCAAACUAUACCAACAACACUGAAAGAUUUAAUGUUCUUCAUAUUACUGAUUUCCAUCUUCAACAACACUAUAAAGUUGGUUCUGAAAGUAAUUGUUCCGCUACUCCAUGUUGUUUACCAGCAUCUGUUGCUGCCACUUUACCAGGUCCUUCUUAUAAUUUCACUUCUGGUUAUACAGUUCUUGAUACUGAAAUUACUAAAGGUCUUUCUUUCUACCCAGAUGCUUAUUAUGAUGAGAAUGAUGUUUAUCAUCCUGGUGAUUAUUAUGAUUUCCCAUUACAUCGUGGAUGGAACUUUGAAAGUCUUCCAGCCACUUCAUUCGGUGGUUACUUAUGUGAUAUUCCAGAACUUUUAUUAAACAAUUCUUUGAAAUAUAUUAGUGAUUUCUACGCUGAUAAUUCUACUAAUGAUUUCGAAUUCGUUGUCUUCACUGGUGAUGUUGUUGAUCAUUAUCUUCCAGGUUGUACUCCAAACUUGACUCUUUCUGAAGAAAAGAGAACUUUUGAAAUCAUGAAACAUUUCUUAAAGGGUACUCCAGUUUUCCCAACUCUUGGUAAUCAUGAUACUUUCCCAUAUGGUCAACUUUCUCCAAUCAGUUAUGCUUUCAAUAACUCCUAUGACUGGAAUGAAGAUGAUGUUAAUCAAUUAUGGAUUGGUAAUGGAUGGUUAAACGGUACUAACAUUACUACCCUUAACUCUCAUUACUCUGGUUUCUCUUAUGUUACUCCAAGAGGAUUGAAAGUUAUUUCCUUAAACUCUAAUGCUUACUACCAAAAGAAUUUAUGGUCUUAUAUUGAUUUAUCAACCAAUGGUGAUGCAUUCGGUCAAUGGGAAUUCUUAAUCAAUGAAUUAGUUGAAAGUGAAAAGAUUGGACAAAGAGUUUGGUUAAUGGCUCAUAUUCCAACUUCUGACUCAGAUGCUUUACCAUUACAAUCCAGAAUUUUUGGUCAAAUUAUUGAAAGAUUCUCUCCAUACACUAUUGCCAAUAUUUUCUUUGGUCACACCCAUAUGGAUCAAUUCCAUAUUCUUCACUCAAGUAAUGGUACUAAUGCCGGUGCUGAUAUUAUCAACAUGGCUUGGGUUUUACAAUCUAUUACUUCUAUUCAAUACUUGAAUCCAUCAUGGAGAUAUUAUGAAGUUGAAAAUGAAUCUUUCAAUAUCAUGAAUUCUUACAAUUACUUUACUAGAUUAAAUGAAACUUUCGGUAAUGCCGGUGCUGAACCAGCUUGGAAUUAUGAAUAUUCCGCUAGAGAUGUUUAUGAUCCACAAGGUGAAUGGCCACUUUCUUCCCCACUUAAUGCCACUUUCUGGAACAAUUUCGUCUUACAAAAGAUUGCUAACCAAUCUGAUAUUGAAUUCAAUCAAUUAUACAUGGAUUACCAAUAUAGAUUCUCUCCUCAAGUUCCAAAAUGUGCCAAUGGUACUAAAGUUUCUACCGCUUGUUACAACGGUAAUUACUGUGUUCUUUCAAGUUUCUUCUCUGAUGAUUACAUUAAUUGUCAAAUUUAA